AUGCCUAGGAAACCCACACCGGCGGCUAAGCAGCGGGUGCGAACUGGCUGCUUGACGUGUCGAAAGAGGCGAAGAAAAUGCGAUGAGCAGAAACCGAGCUGUGCAAACUGCCAGGUCAAGGGGUUUGCGUGUAAAUAUGGCUCCGAUCUGGCCUUUGUGGCACCGCGUUCGGGGAUUGUUUCCGGUGGGAAACAGGGGUAUAGCAGUAUCACAUUUGUCGAUGAUUCGCCUCUUGCAGCGGCCAGUAAAUCAAAGGCCCAGCAGAAGUCGGCAGAUGAGUCACAGAGCAAUGCUGGGUUCUCUCUAGAUGGGCUGCAGUCGGCAGAUGAUCAGGAUAAUGCUGGGGAUACGCGGCGUGCGUUUGAAUUCCAGAGCAUUUUAUCACCGACUGUCCCCAGUGUCGAUUUCUCUGAGCCUCCGAUUCCUUAUGUUGGGGGACCGAGUGUGCCUGAUACUCGGUAUAUGAGUGGUGCUCCAUAUCCUGCCUACAGAUCUGUCGCAAAUGAUCGAACUGAGAAACCAGCGCUCUUUACAAAUGGCAACCUUGAGACUGACUUGCUUCGACAUUUCCGGUACCACGUUGGUCCGUGGAUUGACACUGGGGACCCCGAGCUUCCGUUCGGGCUGCAAGUUCUGCUUCUUUCGCGGACGAACAGGGCUCUACAAGCUGCUGUUCUUGCACUGUCUGCCGGGCAAAGACUUGUCGUGACAUCCACGAACAGUCAGGACCUGGAAAGCAGUCGACAGUUCCGGAAAGAGGCAGAAGAGAGUCUUGCGCUUGAAUAUGACCUGGCUAGAUAUGCUGGUCACACUCUUUUAAUGCUUCAAGAUGUUCUUCCUGCUGGGCCACAGCAGUGGAGGAACCUUUUGAUCCAUAGAAUAGAGAAUGUCAGUGAUUUCGCCUCGCGGGCAGUUGGGGAAGAAGUUGGGGAGGCUUUGUUAUGGCUUUACCUUCGACUGGAUCUCGCGAGCUCAAUAUCCUGUUCAAAACCACCGCUAAUGCCCUUCCGAUCAUUGCUACGACGAGAUGGCACCUUGUUACACCACCAAACCAUGAGGCCCCAAACAGUCAAUUCUGUGUACAAACACAUAUUGUCUCUCUUGGCACAUUGCCUUGCCCUAGUACAUGGCGGCCCAGAAAUGUCCUCACCCCACACAUCUACAUCCCCAGACCUAGGGAGAUUCCCCUCAUUACGGCAAUCCCACUCCUUAUCACAAUGGACGUACCUAUGGUCAGACUGCCAGAAAUGGUACAACGAGCGACCAGUGAACGUGCAGCAAAUAGUCGACAUCCGCGGCAGUGAAGCUGACCAGAUCGACCCAGACCACGACUCCUCCUUCCCUAUCCUCAUCUACACGACACCAAUGGCGCUGGUCGCUAACGCCGUCUACCACAUCAUCUCCCUCUUAUUGCUUACGCAUAAGCCACGGCUUCUGAAAUCACUGCCUGGACCAAGAUCAGUGACAUCACAUAUCUGGCACGCGCAGUCAAUUGCCGGAAUUGCAGCAAGCAAUGACUCCCCCGAGCAAUGGGAUCCGAUCUUAGUGGCGAGCCUUCUCACUAUUGCCAAAGAGAUGACGCAUGCAUCACAACAAACGGUAUUAUUAGAGCGUUUCGCCCGAAUAACAGCUACAACGGGGAUCAAACUAGACAGGGAGAUCGAAGCUCUACAAUCAGCCUGGAACUUAGCACGAUACGAGGAGGAAUUUGACGAUGAAGCAGACAUGAUAUCAUAA